GGCGUGGCCCUUCUGCCCGCAUUGAAGUUCUGCCCCUCCCUCCAACCUCCAUUCUCUCCCCCAACAAAUGAAGGGCGAGUCCUCUGGUCCGGGCCCGGACGGCAGUGGCCAUGCGCGGAGAUCCAGCCGAGUCCUCUGCCUCCGAGUCCUCUGGCUCCGAGUCGCUGCCCCCGAGCCUGUCUAAUCGCCAUUGCUCUGAGUCACUGGCCACAGCCGCCGGCGUGCCCCUUCUGGCCUUCACUGCCCGCAUUGAAGUUCUCCCCCUCCCUCCAUUCUCUCCCCCAACAAAUGAAGGGCAAGGGCGAGUCCUCUGGUCCGCGCCCCGACGGCAGUGGCCAUUCGCGGAGAUCCAGCCGACGCAUUGCCGGCAAAUUUUCUUACCAAUACAGCCGACGCAUAGCCGGCCCAUAUUCUUGCUGGAUCGGUGGUGGCUCUUUGGUGAGGCUCAGCCGUCGCAUCGCCGGUUGCAGAUCUCGUUUAACUCGGUCUUCACCUUGUCGGUCCAGUCGAUUGCCAGGUUGGAGGGAUCCGUUGGACAUGGCAUGGCCUGAUGUAUUGGACACAGUUUUGGUGGAUGCGUGUUUCAAAGAGGUUGAGAACGGCAUCUAUGUAACAGAAUUCACUCACCUUUUUUGGCAGAAUGUUACAAAAUCCAUUAAUGAACAAACGAAUAUGACUAUUUCACUUAAGGAUCUGCAAAAUAGGUUUAAAUACUUCAAAGAUUUGUGGGGACGGUACAACAAGCUUACGCGGCAGUUGUCAAAUGGCGCAGGCCCGAUAAAGCUCUCACUUGAAGAGAUAAAAAAAGAACUUGAAUCGGGUAAAUACGAACGUAUGUUGCAAUAUUUGGAUCAGCUCACACAUAUAUUUGUAAGCUGUGAUGAGCAUAAGUCACCAUCAGUAGCUGCGUAUCGUGCCAAUAUUAGAUGUGGGAACUUAAGUAGUGCAAGUACUGGGAAGCGCAGCAUUGAUGAGACCUCUUCCAGCCAUGUUCGGCAGAAGAGCUCGAAAGUUCAUGUGGCUCAGUCAUUACAAAAUGGCAUGACCCACGAGGAUGCAAUGCAAUAUCUUAAAGACCAUGGCAUCUUAGGUGGUACUUUAAAAUUUUGUAUAGCCAAUAAGUUACUUAAAGACUAUCAAAAUCUGAGUACGUUCUCCCGUCUGGAAUCCCUUGAGGAAAGGAUCAGUUUCCUGGAAGGAACCUGGAAAUUAGAAUCUGAUGGAUCAGUUUCCUGGCAGUAACCUGGAAAUUAGAAUCUGAUCCCUCUUCCUUAAAGGUAAGCCAGUUUGUUUAGGUCUUCUGUAGUCAUGUCAGUUAUUUAUACUUAUUGCACUCACCUUUUUGCUAGUCUAGUGUGAUGAGAGGAGCCUGAACUCCUGAGUGCCCGCCUGCUGGUAAGCCUGCAAAUAUAUCCUGUUCCUGUGUUUUUUUGCUAGUCUAGUCUGGCCAGUAAUACCAUCUUGUUUAUACGGCUAGCACGUCCAGGUUUACCGAAUAUCACAUUCUGUCUGAAGGAAUAGCACGCGGUGGGGGCACGAUUUGCCUACCAUCUAGUAAUAACAUGUCAUGGAGACUGCGUUCAGCCUUGGUUUCUUUCUGUUUACAUGUUUUUCUACCUUCUGAAAGUACUGAUGACUGUAUAUUGCUUUCUGAACAGCCUGUUAUUGCUUUCUGAAAGGUUUACCCUGGAGCGAUGUGGUUUCUCAAACAAGCUACUUGGCAUUUAUUUUCUUUGUGGCAAUGUUCUAUGGAUGUAACUAUGAACUACUUACUAGUAUGCUGCCCGAUGUAGUGAUGUUCUCUUCUGGAGAGGGAUGCGGAUGCCAUUCAGCAAGCAAUGCCAAGGAAGAUUAGUGCAUGGCUUCAUUGUUGUUGUUUUGGCCUUGCUGUUUGGCCUGGUGUUGAGUUUGGCUGGCCCCGUUUGAAAUGGCCUUAGAACUGUUCUUCCAAGGCAAGUCCUUGUGGCCAAUUAGCCCUUUGGAGAACAAACGUGGCUGAUAACGUAUUAGAACACAGAGUAGACAAUCGAACUAGAAGUCCGGCGAGAUCUCUCGCCGGCAAUCUGUAUUGAUGUUUAUCUUCCUGUGUACAACCCUAAUCCUCACGUGCACCGAGAGUUCUACAUAUAUAGGGAUUGAAGGGUCGUGGCGUCCGCUCGGGGAGAAUGUUUGUCUCCUCGUGGACAUGGAUCUGUGAUUAUCCACUAAUAAAGUCAUUAGUUAGAUUAAUGU